GUAAGCAACAUGGCCGCCAAAAAGUGUAUCAACUUUUGAUCAGGUGGCAAAAAUGCUGUAAAAAUAAGCUGUUUUAGACAGCUAUUCGUGUAGAUCUUGAAUAAACGUGGAUAAUAAUACAAAAGGUUACAAAAUGGCCUACAGACAAACAAAUGGUCUCCACAGGAGUAUGAAUGAUGCUGCAAACAUGAAUGGGUCAGGGAUGAAUGGAGCAACAGAUAAUGAUCAAAUGACAGCUAGUCAGCCCAUGGGGUUGAGGGGUAUCGACCCAGAAUCCUUAAAAUCCCGACUGAUAUCCUUUGCUCCCCAGCAAGCGGCAGUGAAUACUAAGGCUCUACGAUUCAACAGAGUCACACAAUCCCAAAUGAAGAAAAGUUUUGCUCCCCUUGGACCAAAAUUAGAACCAGUGCCAAGUUUACAAAAAUACCAAGAGAGGAAUCACCCGACUUACAUUCAGAAUCAGAACAGAAUUAGACUGGAGUCCCAGGGAGUCUUCAAGAAGGAUGAACCCUCCGCCAAGAAGAUGAAGAGAGCUGGCUCUGUAGAACCGAUGGACAAACCCGAGUCCCCACUCCCAGAAUUACCGGGCGACCUACAACAAAAACAGGCCUCCAUGGUUUUACGAGUUCCUACACCCCCCUCAGAGCCCAAGCCGGUCUCCCCCCGGGGUAAGGCCCACACUUCUGGCCCCAAAAUGCCAGCAUCAACAAAAGCCAAAAAUUCUUUAGCUCUGUAUGAAAAAUUCAAAUUGCCAUUGUUUCUUGCUGAGACACAUGAAGGGCUGAAUGAUGCUGAUGAAAUCAUCAGACUGACCAAGGAAGACAAGAGAAUAGGAUUCUUAUAUCUGAGUCCAAAUGUACCCAAAUCCUCAGUCAAAUAUCACUAUUAUAACCUCAGGGUUGUGAACCACCAGAACAUUAACCACGCUGACUACUGUACGAUCAGUCAGGAGGGGGUCACCAGGAUGAGGAACGACGACGAGACAGAGUUCGUGACCCUGGACCGCUGGGAACAGGAGUACAACUACUUCAAGAAAAUCAUCAAGAUCAAGACUUUUGCGCUGUUCAGGAAGUGGAAGGCAUUUAACGUCUGGAGAAAGAACGUCAGAACAAAGAAGAUCACAGAGUGUACUAAGGCCCUCAAUGAAAACCUGUUUAUUGUCAACCCGUCUUUGAGACCUGCCCUGCUGAACGUGCGUGAGAUGUGUCACCGUAUCAGUGACAUGGGUCUGUGUAAGGUGGAGAAGGGGAACACCUACGCCCUGUCACAGUUCAGAGAGGCCCAGUUUACUCAGCUCACAGAGGUGGCUGGCAGAUUGUCAGAGUUCCGGGACUUGGUUAAGGAGGUGGUGCGCUCAGCCUGUAGAACUGCCCUCCUGGAGGCGGGCUUCACUCCAGACGAUUAUUACAUGGCAGACGAUGGCGCCAACAGUCCAGGACUGGGUGACAUGGCCCCUGGUACCUCGUCUAGCUACAUGAUGCCCAGUAACUAUGAUAUGGAUAUUUACGGGGAGGCCCCAGACAGGAUGACGUACACAGAGCAGGCCAACAAGAGGGCCCACUGCAAGCGCCUCACCUGUUUUAUCCGGUUGGCUGACUACCUGAUUGUAAACACGAUGCAUGUUCUGGCCGUGAACUCUGUGUCCACGCUCCUGAACUACCUGUCUGAACAACUCCAGAGCACGCCCACGCUAGAACAGAUCCAGGCAUUUGCGGAGGAGGCAAAACAGGCGGCCGACGAACUGAAGGAAGAUCCAGAGACGAGAGAAGAGAAAAAAGCCGAAAAAGCGCGACAAGAAAAAGAGAAAGCGGAAAAGGGAAAACAUGAGGAGCAGGAGGAUGAGGAGGGUCACCAGUUGCCUCCCUUGUUUAUCACGGAGUUCGUCCUGGAGCCCAAUCAGCUGUUGUUCGCGCCGGACUCGGACGAUUUCCAGGAGGGUCUGGCCGAGGUCAUCAAGAAGUUCCAGGACGCUGUGCUGUCAGUACAGAACCUGGUACCUGACAACUACUUUGAUGCCUUCACUCACCCAAUCAUCAACAACAAGUUUGAGGAGAAGACAUGCGGGGACGGGCCGAGUCUGAGUACUAUGUUUGAAGACGACAAACAUCAGCAUCAUCGCGGACAUCAGGAACUCUAUCACAGCAGCUUUCAAUGCUGCCUCUAACUAUGCUGACACAUUCGAGCCUCACAGAGAAUUCUACCGCGAGAACGAGAGUCUGGAUCUAGAGGCACUGCGAGCUCAGGAGCACGAUGUGGCCUUCUUUACUGAGGCCUUAGAGAAGUAUAACGGACAGGUGAGAAUGGCCCAGGUCAUCAAGGAGAAGCGACCAAUCGGAAUGCUGCUUAUAGACGGAACUAAAAUGAAGAGUCUGCUAAAUCCCU